UCUUCCUUGAUUAUCCCGAAAAUCGACCCUUUAUACCAGUAUAUUUUAUCGCCUGUUUGCGAUCGCCUGCGACAGAGAAGAAACUGGCACGUAGCUGUCCAAUUCACAUCACUAAUCUGAUUGAAAAUCUUUCCAGUCGGCUGUUUCCGAUUGCUCUCAAGUGAAGAUGUCGAUUGCUUCUUACAAUUUGAGAAAUAGAAUAGAAACUGAUAAUCCAGCAUACGUAAUAUAUCAAGGAGUAGAGAAGCCUGAUGAUGAUGACAUAUCAUACAAAGACGACAACAUUCAUCAUCCAAUUGUUGAUCGUCGGAUCCGUGAUCAAGCUCCUUACAUUAUUCUCAUUCAAGGACCUCCCAGUGUUGGGAAGUCCCUGUUGGUUAAAUCUCUGGUGAAGUAUUUUACCAAGACACAUGCAACUGAUGUUCUAGGGCCCAUCACAUUCGCAUCAGGUAAUAUAAGACGGCUACAGUUUGUGGAGUGCCCGGAUGAUAUUAAUGGCAUGAUUGAUGCUGCGAAGUAUGCCGAUGUAGCGUUGUUACUGAUUGAUGCAAGUUAUGGAUUUCAAAUGGAAACAUUUGAGUUUCUUAACCUUUUACGAGUUCACGGCUUUCCAAAGGUUUUGGGGGUUUUUACACAUCUCGAUGGGUUCAAAGAUGAAACAAAACUAAAAGAAACCAAAGAGCGCUUCCAGAAUAAUUUCUGGACUGAAAUAGCUGAAGGAGCAAAACUAUUCUAUUUAUCUGGACUUGUAGAUGAGCUGUACAAAAUGAGUGAAAUACAACAACUUGCAGAAGUCAUGUCCACUUUUGAAUUUCUUCCCUCGUCAUGGCGAGCGGCACAUCCUUAUGUGCUGGUAGAUCGUUUCGAAGAUGCUACUCCUUUAGAAAGAGUGCAGAAGGAUAACGAGUGCGAUAGAAACAUACGUUUGUAUGGUUAUCUUCGAGGUGGUAACAUAAUAAACGGAGCUAAGGUGCAUAUUGCCGGGGUUGGUGAUUUCCGCAUAGCUGGUGUUACAAGCUCAAUUGAUCCUUUUCCUUUAUCAACUGAAAUAGAAGGGGAAAAUGAUCUCGCAGAGCUACCCUGUUUGGAGAUUGAGGCCUUUAGAACAGGGGAAUAUGUAAGGCUGGAGGUUCUUGACAUUCCUUUUGGGAUGGUUGGAAAAUUUGAUCCCUGCCAUCCUAUUCUCGUUGGAGGUAUCAGUCUUGAAGAGGAAAAUGUUGGAUAUAUGCAGGUGAAGCUGAAGCGACAUAGAUGGCAUAUGAAGCUGUUGAACACAGGAGACCAAAUCAUUGUUUCAGCUGGUUGGAGACGUUACGUGACAACACCAAUUUAUGCCAUGGAAAACAGCAACAAUGGACACCAUCGAAUUCUCACAUACACUCCCGAACAUAAGCACUGUCUUGCGAUGUUUUGGGGACCUCUUUCACCCCCUCAUACUAGGGUAGCUGUUGUACAGAGCGUGCCGGACAAUAAGGAAGAGUUUCGGAUUACAGCAAAGGGAGUCGUUCUUGAUUUUAAUCAUGCCUCAAAGAUAGUGAAGAAAACAACCAGGAAAGGAACUCCUUGCAAGAUCUUCAAGAACACUGCUUUUAUUCAGUUUACAUCAGAUGUUGGGACUGGUAGGCUUAGGGGUACACCAAUUCGGACUAUGAGUGGAAUUCGCGGGAAGGUUGAUGAGGCAGUAAAUGGAGAGGGGAUUGUUAGAUGCACAUUUAAACGCAAAAUUCGUAAGAGCGAUGUUGUUUUCUUUCAAGUGUUGACCCCAGUUGAUGUUCCUUACCUCAUCAACCAAUUCACAGCAACCCUGGGAUCACAUGACUUUAUUGUUCCUGUUAAGACGAAUCCACGUAAAAUGGAUGACUGCGCUCAGAGGGGGCAGAUUCAUAAACAACGACGGCGUGUGCUCAUCAAAGAGGGGGGACCUUUUUUCUUGUCUUGUUCAAAUCCACUGGAGUUGAUUUAUUGGCAUGAGAGACAAAUGAAGCGGAAGGAUACACAUGAGUCCAAGGAAGAGGAAGAGAGGAAGAGAAAAAAGAUGUUGAAGAAAAUCAAGAAGGGAAAAGUGUUCGAGUCUAAGCCUUUAGCAUUGAACAGCGAUAGUUCGUAUGAGUUAUGCUAUAUGUAGGGGGGUAAGAAAAACUGUCUCCUUGUGCCGAUCCAAUUGAGAGAGGAGAUCUUCGUAAAGUCGGUUAGUUUUAGGACGAUGAUUUUAUUUAGAGUUUGUUUUCUAGUGUGUAAUUAUUUAUGUUUUGCGUUCAGCCAUCUACAACAUUAUGGGUUAAUGUAAGAAGUAUGUACUUAUCUAUUAUGUGCUGAUUAAAUAGGCCACCCUCCAGUAAUUUAUAUAUAAUGUGAUGUCAAGAA